GAAGAGGGAGGGACUGAGCUUCCGUAGUAAGAGGAGAGGAAAAUUGAAAGAGAAAAAAAAAUGCAAGAGAGGUUUGUAUGUUGCAAUACAAUGAGAACUGUACACUGAGCAGGUCAGAUGUUUUCCGGGCUGGGCACGUGAUCUCAGGAUAAAAGUAUAAAGAAAGAUGCAGGAGAAGGGCUGCCUAACUCAGAAGGUUCUCAGACUCUGGAGAGAAGGGAACAAGACACCAAAAGCCAGAAGGAGGAAAACAUAACAAUUACAGAGGGGGGAAAGGCAAGAAGAAAGAAGAGAGAAAAAUGACACAGUACUCUGAAGGAACGCCCCGAGACCUGUCUGAAGCCCUGAAGGAAAGCACCAAAGAUGUGCACGAACAGGCAGAGAACACAGAGUUCAUGAAGAGCUUCCAGAAGGGACAGGUGUCACUUCGGGAAUUUAAGCUGUAUUUAGCAUCCCUGUAUUACAUCUACUGUGCUCUGGAGGAGGAGUCUGAGCAGAACAAGAACAACCCAGUCUAUGAGCCUGUUUAUUUCCCAGCUGAGCUGAAUCGCAAGACUGCUUUGGAGCAAGACUUGGAGUACUUCUAUGGUCCCACAUGGAGGAAUGAAAUUCAGUGCCAUGAGGCAACUCAGAAGUAUGUAGACAGGAUUCAUCACGUGGGCCAGCAUGAACCUGAGCUCUUGGUGGCCCACGCAUACACCAGAUACCUGGGAGAUCUGUCUGGUGGUCAGAUUCUGAAGAAGAUUGCACAGAAGUCUCUCAAGCUGCCCAGUACUGGAGAAGGACUGGCUUUCUUCAGUUUCCCUGGAGUCACCAACAUCAGCAAGUUCAAGCAGCUUUAUCGAGCUCGGAUGAACAGCAUACCCAUGGACUCUGCUACCAAAGAGAAAAUCCUCAAAGAGGCCAAGAACUCCUUCCUGCUUAAUGUAGAAGUGUUCAAGGAGCUGCAGAGCCUGGCCAGUCAGAAACGGCCACUGGAGAACAACGACCUCAUACAACCAAAAUCACAACUUCACACAAGAGGAAACAACAGAACACAAAGUUCAGUGCCCACAAAGGAAAGUGACCGGACACAGAUGAGGCACACGGACAUGCUGCCCAGCACACCAAUCAUCCGUUGGGCCCUUGCCCUUUUCUUUUUGGCAGCAACAAUUGGUGUGGGCAUGUAUGCCAUGUAAACAGACUGGAUCUCACAUAUCUUUCACCAGCGCCUGCUCUUCCUACACUAACAGCUCUGUUCCAUUGUGGAAGAAGACCUGCUUGGAUGCCCUGGCUUAGAUGACCCGAGCCUGGCCAUUCUUGUUUUACUAACCAUAUAAACUCUAUAAACAGUUUACAUUCAAAAGCUUGUGUUGGCAACGUUUCUCUCAAGAGCCUUAUGGUGCGCCUUUAAAUAAGGAGAAAGCCACAAAGACUAAUAACUUGACCGCUGGGCUACUUGAGGAGUAAGUGCUACUUUUGGUUCUUUGUCCAGUGUUUGUCUUGUACGAUAGUCAGAUACUGCACUGCAUGCUUCUCUUCAUCCCAUGAGGCAAAGCUUUGCUGAAAGAAGUUUUAAGUUAUAUGUUUGUUACUAAAACACAUUUGUUUCCAGUUUGACUUCAGCAAUCAACUUGGGGGGAGGGGGGAGGGAAAAAAACGCU